CAGUCAGGCAGUGUGGGCUGUCCUGUGAUGUCACUCUAAGACUCACCAGAGAGCUCUCAGAUACCAGGUGGGCACCUUCCCUAGUCCAUCCUAUUUUUUUCGGCGUCAGAUACUCCUCAGCUUCUCCUGCUAACUGAGAAUAGUGGUGUGCCAGCUCCCGUGCAGUAGGUGAGGAUUAACCGAUAGCGUUUCCAGAGGGAAGUUCUCUUUGGGUCUGUGAAUGACCAGGGCUCCUCCCUGAACACCCCUCCUGGCAACCAGACACCAAGCACUCCCCAGCCCUCCUCCAUCACCGGGAACUUGGCCUGCGUUGAGAGGCCCUCUCUGAGCCCCUAGGCCCAGCUGUCCCAGUGUUUCACCAUUUUUGGUGCCUUCCUCCAGCUUUGCUGCCACCCUUGCACUGGGCCCCUCCUUUUUCUGUUUGCAGGAGCCCAUUCCCAGCACCCCAGCAGGCGUCUGGCCAGGAUCACUCCGGAAGCCUGAGCUGGUCUUUGCUAGAAAUGGACGUUCCUGAGGCGUCCUCUAGUGGAUCUGACCGUCUGUAAAUUCCAAGUGAUGUCCAGGGUCCUCACGCCGCGGCCCAGCCCCGGCCCGGGAAACGGGACUCUGUACGAACAUUACAACUACGUGGGCAAGCUGGCCGGCCGGCUGACGGACGCCCCCGAGGGCAGCGCGCUCACCACCGCGCUGUUCCUGGUCAUCUGCAGCUUCAUCGUCCUGGAGAACCUGAUGGUUCUGAUUGCCAUCUGGAAAAACAAGAAACUUCACAACCGCAUGUACUUCUUCAUCAGCAACCUGGCUCUCUGCGACCUGCUGGCCGGCCUCGCCUACAAGGUCAACAUCCUGAUGUCAGGCAAGAGGACGCUGAGCCUGUCUCCCACGGUCUGGUUCCUGCGAGAAGGCAGCAUGUUUGUGGCCCUCGGGGCAUCCACCUGCAGCUUACUGGCCAUCGCCAUCGAGCGGCACCUGACCAUGAUCAAAAUGAGGCCCUACAAUGCCAACAAGAAGUACCGAGUCUUCCUUCUCAUCGGGAUGUGCUGGCUCAUCGCGCUCUCGCUGGGAGCCCUGCCCAUCCUGGGCUGGAACUGCCUGCAAAACCUCCCCGACUGCUCCACCAUCCUGCCCCUCUAUUCCAAGAAGUACAUCGCGUUCUGCAUUAGCAUCUUCACCGCCAUCCUGGUGGCCAUCGUGAUCCUGUACGCGCGCAUCUACUGCCUGGUGAAGUCCAGCAGCCGCAGGGUGGCCAACCCCCAGCACUCGGAGCGGUCCAUGGCCCUGCUCCGCACCGUGGUGAUCGUGGUGAGUGUGUUCAUCGCCUGUUGGGCCCCGCUCUUCAUCCUCUUCCUCGCCGACGUGGCCUGCAAAGUGAAGGAGUGUGCCGUCCUGUUCAAGGACAAGUGGUUCAUUGUGCUGGCAGUGCUCAACUCGGCCAUGAACCCCGUCAUCUACACGCUGGCCAGCAAGGAGAUGCGGCGGGCCUUUUUCCGGCUGGUCUGCAACUGCCUGGUCAGGGCCCAGGGCACCCGCUCCUUGCCCAUCCAGCUCACUCUCGACCCGAGCAAGAGCAAGUCCAGUGGCAGCAACAGCAGCCCCUCCCCGAAGAGCAAGGAAGACAUUACCCAAACGGCCCCCUCACCCUGCAUAACGGACAGAAACAAACCCCUGCAGAAUGGGCUCCUCUGCAAGUGAGGGCGGGGCUCACGGGGCAGGUCCUCGCAUCUCCACGGGAGGAGCACCCCCCAGCUCUGCGGCACCUGCUUGUUUUUUUAAAAUAUAUUUCUAUUGAUUUCAGAGAGGAAGGGGGAGGGAGCGAGA